AUGCCACCCGUCAUUACGAGUUGGAGCGAACUGGCCAAGUCAGGUCUUUACGAGACGUUUGACAAAGAAACACACGAAUUCCUCUACACGGCAUUCACUGUGAUUGACGACGAUGACGUCUUAUACUUCGGUCUACUGCGGAUACCAAAGCUCCAGAUCACGUUGGACCAGGCCACAUCCGCGCUUGAACGGGACGCCCAGAUAACACUUGCUCCGGAUGACGUGGACCUCAAGGCCUACUACAUCAAGCGACCGAGGCUGAACAUGUACUACGAAUACAAGAAGGACGACUGCCUCAUCCACACCCCCGGCAUCAUCCGCUAUCACGGCUGUCGCGUCAGGAGGGGUCGCGUCACGGGGCUCGUUCUCGACAGGCAUCCUCACAGUCUGAGGGAUUAUGUCCAGGACGGGGUGGGCCAGACCGAGAAGGAACCCUUCAUGGCUGCGCUGGAGUCAGCCGUCCGGCACCUCCACUCGGCGGGCUUUGCUCACAACGAUAUCAGCCCGGCCAACAUCCUCGUGGACGCGGCGGGCAUGCCGGUCCUGGUCAACUUUGGCUCGAGCCGCGAGAUUGGAAGAAAGCUUGGGCCCUCGCGCGGGACGCCGGGCUGGAUUGACGGCGAUCCUCUUAAUUACGAUACUUCGGAAGAGCGUCACGAUUUGUCGGCGAUUGAGAAGACCAGGGAUUGGUUGGAUAAUCCUACAUUUGAUGACUGA